AUGGAGAAGGCAGAUUCUUUGGGUGAGCUUAUCCGAAAAUUAGAAAGUCAAGUAGCUGAAAUUGCGACUGCCAUUAAAAGAGAAACAAGACGUCUUCCCGGGAGAACUGAUUUAAACCCUAGAUGUCAAGUCAGUGCCGUAAUGUUGCGUAGCGGAAAACGUCUCGCGACAAACACGAAGAAAAACACCGAAAUUGGGAGUUCUGCCAAUGCUGAUGAAACAGGCGAGAGCAAUUCUCAGCCUAUACUUCUUGAUGACCCUGACCCAAAAACUUCUCCCGAAAACGGGAAGUCUACCGCUGAAAAAAAUAUGGAAAAGACCAUAGACUUAGAAGUAGAAGACGAUUCGUAUAUUGAGGCUGAAAUCGAUCGACACUAUGGUAACCACGUCGAUCGACCGGUGAAACCUGUCGUCGAUCAACUUUCAGAUAACCCUAGACAUUCCACUCAACCCGAACCAACGAUUGAAAGAGUCUAUAGAACCCUACCCCCUUAUCCUCCUAAAACGCAGACUAAGAAAUCAUUAGAAUAUGCGAUCUGCAAGAAAGCAUUGGAUAGAAUUACUAUGGAGAUGUCCCUUAGUGAUGCUAUGAAAAUAGCACCUUCGAUAAAGAAGUGUGUGAAGGGUAUGACUUCUCCAAAUUAUCCAACUGCGGAACAAAGCGUGAUGAUGGUGUCAGAGGAAGUAAGUGCCAUGAUUCGAGGAGAAACUCCAACUAAGAGGCCUGAUCCUGGUAGUUUUGUCCUAGAUUGCAAUAUACAGAACACACGUUUUCCUCGAUCACUAUGUGAUCUUGGAUCUAGCGUGAAUCUUAUGCCUUACUCUGUCGCAGUAACCUUGGGAUAUAACGAGUUUAUGCCAACUCCGAUAACUUUGGUUCUAGCUGAUCGGUCUAUCAGGGUACCUGAAGGGAUUCUCGAAGACGUUCCCGUAAAAAUUAAUGAUUGCUUCGUGCCUACGGAUUUUGUUGUGUUAAAAUACAGACAAGAACCAAACUACCACCUCAUUCGGGGUCGGUCAUUCCUAGCUACAGCUGGAGCGAUCAUUGAUGUGAAAGAAGGACGAAUAAAUUUGAACAUCGGGGACAUUUCGAUGACCUUUGAUAUGGACAGGCUAAUCAAGCAACCUUUGAUAGAUGAGCAAGCCUUCUAUGUGGAAGAAGUUUCUGAGGUAGAUAAGGAAUCUUUCAUAGACAUGUGCUCAGACGACCCCUUAGAAAAUGCUCUUACCAAUAUGGAAAAGGAAAUCUUCAGCAUAGAUAAUGGGACAGACGAUUACGUGCGACUGAUGGAUGCAAGUAUCGAGGUCGUGAACAUCGAAGAAGAUGAUGACUCAGACAUUAUCUUCGAUCGAUACCUCAGACAGGCCGUCGAUCGACAACCAUCUUCAUUAUCUAAUUGGUCUAAAGACAAAGCACCAAAGGUUGAAUUAAAACCCCUCCCCAGUGGUCUUAAAUAUGCAUUUCUUUAUGACCAAUCCUACCCUGUUAUUGUCAACGCCAAUCUCACUAGUGGAGAACUUGUGUUAUUAUUAAAUAAACUACGCAAGCACAGGAAAGCAAUCGAGUAUUCUCUCGAUGAUAUUCCUGGUACUUCUCCUGAUCUUUGCAUGCACCGUAUUCAUUUGGAAGACGACGCUAAAACGUCGAUAGAACAGCAAAGGAGAUUAAAUCCAAAUCUAAAGGAAGUAGGAGGUAUUACAGCAGUGAAGAACGAAAAUGAUGAACUCAUCCCGACGCGUACCAUCACUGAACAUCAGAUGUGUAUCGACUAUAGGAAAUUAAAUGCCGCUACUAGGAAAAAUCACUUUCCCCUGCCCUUUAUUGAUCAACUGCUGGAACGUUUAGCCAAUCACCAGUAUUACUGUUUUCUUGAUGGAUAUUCCGGAUUUUUUCAAAUAUCCAUACAUCCGAAUGAUCAAGAAAAGACAACCUUUACAUGCCCCUAUGGAACAUUUGCGUAUCGCAGAAUGCCAUUUGGCCUUUGUAAUGCCCCCACCACUUUCCAACGUUGCAUGAUGUCAAUUUUUACAGACAUGAUCGAGGACUUUAUGGAAGUCUUUAUGGAUGACUUUUCAGUCUACGGAUCAAAUUUUAAGAGUUGCCUCGAUAAUUUAUGCAAGGUAUUGGAAAGAUGCGAAGAAAAGAACCUUGUCAUAAAUUGGGAAAAAUUCCUUUUUAUGGUUAACGAUGGCAUCGUAUUAGGACAUAAGGUUUCCUCCGCUGGUAUAGAAGUAGACAGAGCCAAAAUCAAGGUGAUGACCGGUCUACCAGCACCCAAAAAUGUAAAAGACGUGCAAAGUUUUCUCGGACACACCGGCUUUUAUAGGAGGUUUAUACAAGACUUUAGCAAAAUUGCUAGACCUUUAAAUAACCUCUUGUGCAAGGAAGUAAAGUUCGAUUUUACACCAGAAUGCAUGAAAGCUUUCGAAGAUUUAAAAAAAUCCCUUAUAACUGCCCCCGUCGUUCAUGCCCCCAUCGUUCAUGCCCCCGACUGGAAUCUCCCUUUCAAGAUCAUGUGCGAUGCGAGUGAUUUUACGAUAGGAGCAGUUUUGGGCCAAAGAAAAGAUAAAAAGCUGCAUGUCAUCUACUACGCCAGUCGUACGUUUGAUGAAGCGCAACGGAAUUAUGCAACAACAGAAAAAGAACUACUCGCCGUAGUUUAUGCAUUUGAAAAUUUCCGUCAAUAUCUAAUUGGCACACAUGUGAUAGUUCACACUGACCAUGCUGCCAUUAAAUAUUUGAUGCAAAAGAAAGAUACAAAACCUCGACUCAUACGCUGGAUUUUACUACUCCAAGAGUUUGAUAUUGAAAUUAAAGAUAAACGAGGAGUAGAUAAUGGAGUCGCUGACCAUCUUUCUCGGAUCAGAAUAGAGGAUAACGUCCCUAUAGACGACUUCUUCCCAACAGAGAACGUUGCACAAAUAGACACAUCUUUUGUAGGAAAAAUCAGCAAAAGACACGAAAUGGAACAGAAGUUCAUUCUGGAAGUCGAAGUCUUUUAUUGCUGGGGGAUAGAUUUCAUGGGUCCUUUCUCAUCCUCAUACGGAAACAAGUAUAUACUAGUCGCUGUAGACUACAUAUCCAAAUGGGUUGAAGCAGUAGCUUCCCCAACCAACAACGCAUCUGUAGUUACUAAGCUUUUCAAGAGCAUAAUCAUUCCGCGGUUUGGAGUUCCUAGAAUAGUCAUUAGUGACGGUGGAACCCAUUUCACCAAUAAGGUCUUUGAUGGAUUGCUUAAAAAGAACGAUGUUCAGCAUAGAGUAGCUACGCCCUACCACCCACAAACCAGUGGACAGGACCGCCUAGAAGACACCGUUGGGAACAACACCAUUCCACCUCCUUUAUGGCAAAUCCUGUCAUUUACCAGUCGAACUAGAGCAUAA